ACACUGACAUUAAAGUGUGUUUCUUAAAGCUGACAAACUCACAGGUACACUUCUUAUUCUUAUUCAAACUGGCAGCGCAUCAAGAAGUCUCAAUGUACACAUUAUAAAUAGCAGCUGCCAGAUGUGUCAGUACCUGCAUGAGGAUGUCUACUAGCACAGCGUAAUAAUGUUUAAAUGUUUAUUUUGUUUGUCUUUGCCAUAUAUUGUAACCAGUUUCUAUGAUUUAGUCGUAUAUACACACACACACACACACAGUAUAUGUCCGUCACAGUAUAUUCAUCAUAUAUAUAUAUAUAUAUAUAUAUAUACAUACAUACAUCAAUAUCACCCACAUCCUUGUUUUAUCAAUUUUACUUAAUCCUGUUUUGUUCUUUUCGUACAAUAUGCUGCGAAUAUCUUGAUGAUUUAUGUGGCUCUAAAUGUACAUUGAAAUGGUAUUUUGUGUGAGUACUACAAUCAUGAUCAGAACCACGCCUCUAAAAUAAAAAAUAAUGAAUGAAAAGUUUAAAUUAAAAUAAAAGCUUUUGAUGUUAUUACUCUAGCAAGUGACCCAUGAUAGAUUUUGUAAUUUUCCUCUGCAGUGUAAAUAUAUUCGUCUUAAAUGGGAAUAUUGCCGGUCUCAUUCCCAUCGUAGCUGUUGGUUCAUGCAUACUGGUCUGCUCAAAUAAACCAUACCAACUAAAUGCAUCCCACAUGCCGUAUAACUCCAAAGAGCUCUGCUCUGCAGAGAGCCAGGAUGGAUGUGAUAAUCAGGAUGAUCAAUCUGUGGCUCUCUCUCUACCCGCCUUUGUUUUUUCACUGAUACCAAACUCACUGAAGAUUAAGCUGCCUGAGUGAUGAACUGAGAGCUGUCCUUUAGAGAGCUGCCAACACUCAGGCAAGCUCUGACAUCUAGUGGAGGACGGUUACAUCUCAGCAGAAAAAGAUGUUGACUUCGUCAUCUAAUUUACAGUUUAUGCUGAAAAUCCUCUGUGUUAAAAACUAAUACUAUUAAAGUCAUGUGUGAAAGACAUCUUGAGGUUGCGAUUGGUGUCCAGUUGUUCGUUCCAUCGUAGCAAGAUGCCCUUUUUGAGAAGUGGUUAAUUGCACAAUUUCUCUCAAAUUAAACUCAAUGAAGUUACAAACCACUUCCUGCUUUUUCUUUUAGCUUACAACACUCACUAUGUAUCAUCAUGUGAGGCACAUCCACCCGUUGAGCUGGUUGACACAAAGGUCACUGACAAAUCCUCUGCAAGUUCACAUUAUGGAGCAGCUUGUCUCGUCACACAGGAAACAAAACCCUGCUUUAAUUAGAAGCUUAACUAAUUGCAAAAUAUCUCCAACGAUGCUGCAGGGUGAAGUGAUGCAUGAGGAGAAAAGAGAAUGCUGUCUUUGUUGCCUUCUUGCUGUUCUUGGCUCCGGUGUCAGUCCUGGUUUCAUGGAGUCCUUCCCUCCGAAACACACAGAACAAGCAGCGACCAACGAAAAGGCAACGUGUGCAGACAGUUAUGGCCUGUACAUCUGAGUCUGACGAUUUAAAUGCUGUCUCAUUAGAAGCCUUUUUUUAUAUAACCUUGAAGAUGUGAUUCGGCAGAAGGUUGAUCAUUUCUUAGUGGCUUACGUUAUCUGCAUCUUCUCAAACAUGAGCAGUUUGCUGCUGUCCUCAAAACUCUGAUUUUUAUACUAUCCAUAUAUUUAACAUUAGGUUUUGGGAAAUUCCAAUGGAUCUUUUAAGUUGUCAAACAAGAACACAAAGCUAAAAAGUCAAUAUCCAAAGCUAACUGGUGAAGUUCCUCCCACUCAUUUCGGUGGUGGUCUUUGCGACUUGAACUCACGCAAACCUUCUGGUUUCAGGUCACCACACAGAGCUUAUUGCAAACACUAAAAAAGGCCCAACAUCUCCCUCCCCUCGGUGUGCCCCCAAAAAGCUGAGCAGAAUAAUGAACAGUAAACAAGGCCAGCAGAAGGGAGGGGGGAGAUGGGGUGUCCCACUUGAACUGAGGGCUCGGACAAAAGAAGGGGUGUCUCCACGGCGACUGAGUCGAACCGUUUGAGUCACAUGGCCCCGGGUUUCCAUUGAAACCAGUGAAGCUCAGCGUUCAGUCCAUGUUUUGGAAGCCAAUGGCAGCAACCUGAGUGGAGCCCGACAGGACGGAGCGAUGACGGCAGCCAGCCAUUUGAACGGGACGGCGGCUUUGGGGCUACGCGACCAGGAGACCGACCCAGCUCUCAGCGAGUUCAAAGUGUUUGACAUCGUCAUCAUUGCCCUGGCCCUGUGCAUCCUCACUGUCACCGGCCUGUACUGCGUCACCGUCUGCUACAAGCGAACCAGGCAGUCAAAGAGAGCCCAUGGGUAUGAGAGUGCAGUGACCCGGGGCGAGCCGGCGGACCCCGUGGCGGUCAAAGCAGUGAAGAGGUCCACCAGCUUCAUCAACCCUCUCGCCUUCUUCAGGAAACCAGAGGCGGCCAGGGACAACUCCAGGAUCUACUACAUCUACAGCAACCCGCUGCCCGUGGGACUGAAGGAGGAGGAGGAGGAGGAGGAGGAGUGGGCCGCUGAAGCCCGCCACGCACCGGAUGAGCGAACCGCGGCGACGCCGCCGCCGCUGUCGUUUCAGGAGUACGCCAACGACCCCAACAGCGGAGUCACCUUGGAUCUGCCCAUAUUCUACAUGCAGCUGUAGAAAGGUUGGCGAAGAGUCACGCUGUGGGCUCGCAAGGGAGAAAGUUGUCCGAAUGUGUCGAGGCGAACCAGAGACACGUGGCAACCGCGAAUGUCCGAGCUUUGACUCUGCAGAUGUGUCAUUCAGAACUAAAGACGUGUCUCCAUCCACGGGCUGUUAAAGGGGAACUCUUAGGUUCAGUCAUCGUAGGUGUAAAAAAAUGAAAACUAGGAAAUGACCCGCAGGACUUCAUAGUGAUAUCGCCAGGGUUAUCUGAGCAAAAGCUUGAAGGCUGAUAAUCUUUAUCAAAAAGAGGGCAUUUUAGUCUGCGGGAUGACAUCUGUAAGAGGUUUACCAAGUAAGGUACUUUAGAUGCUGUACCGUUGCAUUACGGGUAUUUGUAGGAUUUGAAAGCUUGAGUAGUUUAGGAUACGCCCACUGGUGCUUCAAUUCUGAUUGAUACUCGUUCAGUAUGAACAUUAAAUUGUACGAUAUUUAGAAUUAGACAGAGUUUAUAGAGAAUAAUUUGUGCAUAUGGUUGUAAAACAUAUUCACACGUUGUCAAUAAGGGUUUGAAAUUCGAACUAGUCUUUAGGGUAAAUUUCCAGAAUUGUCUUUUCAAACCUCAGCAAUUUCUGCUAGAAAGAUAAAAUCCCAAAUAAAACAAUAUUUGCUACUAA